AUGGUGGAAAGUAGGUGUUAGGUUUAAGUGACCGCUGUGUGAGUGGUGCUUUGCUGUAUGUCUAUGAAAAACCUAUAUUAAUCUGUGUCUGUAGUUUUCUGGAAGUUGGGGAGAGAAUACGCAAGAGAAAACCUACUUGUAAAAGGUAUUACGAUUGCUAGAUGAAAAAGCAUUUGAUUAGGUUGAUGUUUUCAGACAUUUUAUAAUUGCACUUGUUUUCAUUUAAGUGUUAGGCAUUAACAACUCUUCAUUACAGUUUUUUUCAUCGCUCCCUCCCCAUUUCCUUCCUCUUCUCCACCUCCUUAAAUCACCAUCACCACCCCCACACACAAACACACACAAAUUACGAGUGUAAAAUCUUCAGAUCAUUUGCAAAUAAUUAUAAAAUUUUGACCAGCAAGAACAGAAGAGAAAUCAUACCAGAAAGUUAGGAAUAAACUUCACAGUUAGUUUACAUUUUAAUACGUUGCUCCUUUUAGCAGAGAUUCUUAAACCACUUAAGCGAAGGGGCAAAAUAAUUUUCUGGUCCCAGUUUUGUUUUGAGUUCUUGAGAUUUCUCUAACACGUAAUCCACGAAUGGAAUGUGCUCUUUGCUUUUCACGGUCCUUGACAGGGCGCCUCAAGGGCAACCCCGUAUCAGUGUUUCAGCACCACUGGCAAAGAGGAAGAGUUAGUCAAGGCUGAAACUGAGCCUGUGUCUCCACAUGGGGCUGUGCAAAGAAAUGAAGGCUCGCACACUGUGUAAUGUGCUCAAGAUGACUGAGCUAGCAGACAAUAGAAGGACUUGCCUUUCAUCUGUCUGCUCACAAAGCUGUGUUCUUUCCUCCACACCAUGUUUCCUCUCCUGAGGAGAUGGCAAGUCUUCCAGAAUCCUUUCACUAACAGGAAGUGGCAGUGGGUUGUGCCAACGUUUUCCUGUGGGUGCUAAAAUAAUGCUAUUUGUCUACUGCUGCCAAGGUCUUAACUUUACAAAUAUGAAUAACUUUACAAAUAUGAGUAAAGAAAAAAGGAUAUGUUUUGCAGGCAGCAGUGAGAAUCAAAACCCUUUUAUUCAACUGUGUGAACUCAAGAAUUUGUAAAGUUUAUAGCUAGUCCAUGUUUCACCACUUUUUAUUAUUUAUCCACAACCAGUGUUGUGUUAGAAUGCAAAUCCUUGUGGAUUAUCCUCCAAAACAAAGCCAAAUAUUUGUCCUGCCAAAAUAAAACCAAAAACAAUACAGUGUUACAUAAUUUUAUAAUUGCAAGGAGUGAUGUUUGAUAAACUCAGGGAAACAAGAUCAACAAAUAUAUCCUAAAUGACUUAAUAUUCAGAAAUAAUGGACUACAGAAAAACCACCAUAACCUAUAUGGUCAUUUCCUCUGCACAGGCCAAUAAGAGGAAUUCAGACCCUGAAGUAAAUUUCUUGUUCUACCUAAGGGAAAAAAAAAAACAAAAAACAUAUCCUUUUGUCUGUUUGGGAAAGCAACACAAAUAAGAAACUAGAAACUUUGCAAUCUCUGUCGCAUUUGUAGAACUUCUUAUUCUAUCACACUUCAUUACAAACAUUUUGAUUUGUGUCCUGUGCACAGACAUGGAAAAGGGGGCAAUUCAUAACUAUAUUGGUUCCUAUAAUAAAAUGAGAAAAACAAGGCUACGUAGUCUAUGUUUUAUCUGUGUAAAUAGGAACGCCACUAAUUCUAACCAGAAAAAAUACCUUUGUGACUUGGAUAUUUGAAAUUGGCAUGCUAUGUAAUUGUUUUUAAUCAAGACUAUAUACGUUGACUAUCCGCAAACUAAGUUACCCACCCUUUGGGGGCAAGGAUUAUGUAUCAGUCUAAAACUACCUCCCACACCAUAAGGAACUGGAACGCCAUGGAGAUUGCUGGGGGUGAAGGAACAUCACCAGCCUAUUUGUCCUUUUGCCCCCACAAAGCCCUUCACACCAUCAGAGGCACACAGCUGGGCACAUUAGUCUCAGGUAUUUGUGUGGGAUUUUUUUAACUCAUGUACUGAAGAUUCAUUAGUAAAAAUGUCCCAACGUGAAUGAAACACCAGAUAACCCUCCAACGUCAGAACAGGAAAUGAGAAGUAUAAAUGCUGGAACUCUCUUGAUGGACACAAGAUUUUACAAUAAAUCCUUACUCUUCAAAUUUGUUUUCUUUUCCCUCAAGUAGAAACAGAAUGAGGGUGAGAACAAAAUCAAAGCAGAUAAUCUCAGUGUCUGUGGUCUUGGUUGAAUCUAAGCCAUGCCCUUGAAGUCAAGCCCUGGGAUGACUGUAAAGACGCCUUCUCCCAGCUACCUCAAUGCAGUCUCUUUCCCCAAAGCUUCCGUUGGCAUCUCCAGUGUGAACAAAUCAGAGCACUUCCAGUUGGUACGUGAUAGGACUGUACCUACCUUCAGCUGUGCCAAUCAGAAGCCUCUUUGUCAUCUGAGUGCUGCCUACGCCUCAGCUUUCAGGCUGGAUCCUCUGUGUUCUGUGCUUUUAGGAAAGGAAUGCUAAAGGCCAAGAAACCCGGUGCAGGUUCUGUACCCCAGGUGUGGUGAGGGACAUCUACACUCUCCUAAGGAGGCUCCUGGAGCCCCCCACGAAGCAGUCACUGGAAAACUUGGGUGGUUUGUACCAAGUUGUAUAGAAAAGAAGAAUUUCAGCCUUUGGAACCAACCCAGGAACAUAUAUUUCCACCUGAAUGAAUGGGAUGACCCUAGAUGCCGGCCCAGGUGCAGGACAUCCUAGAAGAUAACACCCCAAAGUUCUCUGAAGCGAAGACACGUCAAUCAUCUGAGAGCUGGACAACAGGGGAAGUACACCUUGGAGAACAGGAACAUUUUUACGUGGAAAUUCAAGGCAAAGGAUAAAGAAAUGGACAUAUAUGUGUCACGCCAGGAUGCAGCAUUCACACAGGUCAUAGAGAAGAAUGCUGAUCCUGAACAAAAUCUACUAUUCUACCUGAGGAAAGUCCUCCACCUCACAGGCACUAAGUACAGCUGUGGGGAAGGAGGCUGUGGCUCCUGCACCGUCAUGGUGUCAAGAUACAACCCCAAGAACAAGAAGAUCCGCCAUUAUCCAGUUACUGCGUGCCUGGUGCCCAUCUGCUCUCUGUAUGGAGCUGCUGUCACCACGGUAGAAGGUGUAGGAAGCAUCAAAACCAGGAUUCACCCCGUGCAGGAAAGACUUGCCAAGUGUCAUGGCACGCAGUGUGGCUUCUGCAGCCCAGGGAUGGUGAUGUCUAUCUACACACUGCUGAGGAACCACCCAGAGCCAACCCCUGACCAGAUAACCAAAGCUCUUGGAGGAAAUUUGUGCCGCUGUACUGGAUACCGACUAAUUGUAGAAAGUGGAAAGACUUUCUGUGAGGAAUCAACUGCGUGUCAAAUGAAAGGAUCAGGAAAAUGUUGCAUGGAUCAAGAAGAGAAGUCUUUUGUGAACAGAGAAGAAAAAAUAUGUACGAAACUGUAUAAUGAAGACGAAUUCCAGCCCUUCGAUCCAUCCCAGGAACCUAUAUUUCCUCCUGAACUGAUAAGAAUGGCAGAAGAUCCAAACAAGAGAAGGCUGACGUUCCAAGGGAAGAGGACUACCUGGAUAACCUCUGUGACCCUCAGUGACCUUCUGGAGCUGAAAGUCAAUUUCCCCCAAGCCCCCCUUGUCAUGGGGAACACUGAAGUGGGACCCAGAAUUAAAUUCGAAGAUGAAUUCUACCCAGUUUUCAUAACUCCACUUGGGCUUCCAGAACUAUAUUUUGUGGACAGCACAGAUAAUGGGGUGACCAUAGGUGCAGGCUACAGCCUGGCCCAGCUGAAUGAUGCCUUAGGUUCUAUCGUUUCGGAGCAACCAAAGGAGAAGACUAAGACAUACCGUGCCCUCCUGAAGCAUCUGAGGACACUUGCCGGACCCCAGAUUAGGAAUAUGGCGACUUUAGGAGGACAUGUGGUGAGCAGGCCUAAUUAUUCUGACCUAAAUCCUAUUUUAGCAGCAGGAAAUGCUAUCAUCAACCUCAUAUCUAAAGACGGAGAGCGGCAGAUUGCUUUAGACAGCAAGUUCCUUGAGAGAGCACCUGAAGCCAACCUUAAAUCGGAAGAGAUUGUGUUAUCUGUUUCUAUUCCCCAUUCCACUAAGUGGCACUUUGUGUCAGGAAUGCGGCUGGCCCAAUGUCAGGAGAAUGCCUUUGCCAUUGUCAAUGCCGGGAUGAGUGUGAAGUUUGAAGAUGGCACAGACACGAUCAAAGAUCUUCAAAUGUUCUAUGGAAGUGUUGGCCCCACCGUGGUCUCUGCAAGCCAAACCUGCAAGCAGCUCAUUGGAAGACAAUGGGAUGACCAAAUGCUGAGUGAUGCAUGCCGAUUGGUCCUGGAUGAGAUUUACAUUCCACCAGCAGCUGAGGGUGGCAUGGUAGAAUACAGGCGAACCCUCAUCAUCAGCUUACUCUUCAAAUUCUACCUCAAAGUGAGGCGAGGACUGAAUAAAAUGGAUCCGCAGAAAUUUCCUGAUAUCCCAGAAAAGUUCAUGAGCGCCCUGGAAGAUUUCCCCAUAGAAACACCCCAAGGAAUUCAGAUGUUCCAGUGUGUGGAUCCCCGCCAACCCCCACAAGAUCCUGUCGGCCACCCGGUCAUGCACCAGUCAGCCAUUAAACACGCCACAGGGGAAGCUGUGUAUAUAGACGACAUGCCCCCCAUUGCGCAAGAACUCUUCCUGGCUCCAGUCACCAGCACCAGAGCUCAUGCAAAAAUCAUAUCAAUUGAUGUUUCAGAAGCCCUCGCACUUCCAGGUGUUGUUGAUGUGAUAACAGCAGAAGAUGUUCCGGGAGAUAAUAACCCUCAAGAAGAGAUUCUCUAUGCACAAAAUGAGGUCAUUUGUGUGGGUCAGAUAAUCUGCACUGUAGCUGCUGAUACCCAUGCUCACGCAAAAGAGGCCGCGAAACAAGUGAAGAUCACUUAUGAAGACAUAGAACCGAGGAUUAUCACAAUAGAGCAAGCCCUAGAGCACAAUUCAUUUCUUACUGCUGAGAGAAAAAUUGAGCAAGGAAAUGUAGAGCAAGCCUUUAAACAUGUUGAUCAAAUCAUUGAAGGUGAGGUCCAUGUGGAAGGACAAGAACAUUUUUACAUGGAAACGCAAACUAUCUUGGCUAUCCCAAAAGAAGAAGAUAAAGAAAUGGUGUUACACCUUGGAAUGCAGUAUCCAACUCACGUACAGGACUUUGUGGCUACAGCACUAAACGUCCCAAGAAGUAGAAUCGCCUGCCACAUGAGACGAGCUGGAGGAGCAUUUGGGGGGAAAGCAAGCAAGCCCGCAUUGCUAGGUGCUAUCACUGCUGUGGCCGCCAACAAGACUGGCCGCCCAAUCCGGUUUAUUCUAGAGCGUGGUGAUGACAUGCUGAUAACUGCUGGCCGUCACCCACUCCUCGGAAAAUACAAAAUUGGAUUCAUGAACAAUGGUGUGAUCAAAUCUGCUGAUGUUGAAUAUUAUGUCAAUGGUGGAUGCACUCCUGAUGAAUCUGAGUUGGUGGUGGAUAUCAUUGUGCUGAAAUCUGAAAAUACAUACUAUAUUCCUAAUUUCCGGUGCAGGGGUAGGGCUUGCAAAACAAAUUUGCCAUCCAACACUGCCUUUCGAGGAUUUGGCUUCCCCCAGAGUACAGUGGUAGUUGAAGCUUAUAUAACUGCUGUGGCGUCUCAAUGCAACUUAUCACCUGAAGAGAUUAGAGAAAUAAACAUGUAUAAGAGAAUUAGUAAAACAGCCUAUAAGGACAUGUUUAACCCAGAGCCUUUGCGAAGAUGCUGGAAAGAAUGUCUGGAGAAAUCUUCAUUCUAUGCUAGGAAACAGGCCGCUGAGGAAUUUAACAAAAAGAAUUACUGGAAGAAAAAGGGGCUCUCCGUGAUCCCCAUGAAAUUUACUGUUGGGAUACCCUACACCUACCUUAAUCAGGCUGCCGCUCUAGUCCACAUCUAUCUCGAUGGUUCUGUCUUGGUGAUUCAUGGUGGCUGUGAAUUUGGACAAGGCCUCUACACCAAAAUGGUACAGGUGGCUAGUCGAGAACUGAACAUCCCCUCAUCGUAUAUACACCCGUAUGAAACGAGCACAGUCACAGUCCCCAAUGCUGUCUUCACAGCGGCGUCAAUGGGGACAGACACCAAUGGAAAGGCCGUGCAGAAUGCCUGCCAAAUUCUCAUGGCCCGUCUUCAACCAAUCAUCAGGAAAAACCCUAAGGGAAAAUGGGAGGACUGGAUUGAAAAAGCCUUCCAAGAAUCCAUCAGCCUGUCAACGACUGGAUAUUUCAAAGGCUACCAGACAAAUAUGGACUGGGAGAAGGAGGAAGGUCAUGCUUUUCCGUAUUAUCUUUACGGAGUUUCCUGUUCUGAGGUUGAAGUCGACUGUCUGACCGGGGCUCACAAGCUCCUUAGGACUGACAUCUUCAUAGAUGCUGCUUUCAGCAUAAAUCCAGCAUUGGACAUUGGGCAGGUUGAAGGAGGAUUUAUUCAAGGCAUGGGAUUAUAUACCACAGAAGAACUGAAAUAUUCCCCAGAAGGUGUGCUUUAUUCUCGGGGUACAAAUGACUACAAAAUCCCCGCAGUCGCUGAAAUACCAGAAGAGUUCUAUGUCACUUUUGUGCGUUCCCAAAAUCCCAUAGCCAUCUACUCAUCCAAGGGACUGGGUGAGGCUUCAAUGUUCUUGGGAUCCUCCGUGUUUUUUGCCAUACAAGAUGCAGUGACUGCUGCCCGAAGAGAAAGAGGGUUGACCACGAGCUUCACCCUGAAUAGCCCAGCAACUCCUGAGUUGAUUAGAAUGAAUUGUAUGGAUCAGUUUACGGAGAUGAUACCCAGAGAUGAUCCUUCAACAUUUACACCUUGGUCCAUCCGUGUAUCUUAAUCCUAUAUUUUCCUUAGAAAAUGAAAGAGUUCGUGAUUGACCUUAACAUUUUCAAACUAGAGCAAAAUAUAAGUUGGCUCCCAAUUGUCAAGGGUAAUUUUUGCAUGUUUUAAUUAUUCUCUGUAGUUUAGGUCACUGCAUGAUUAUGUUUUAGGAUGCAAAUUUUCACCAAAAUAUAAAAUAA